AUGGAGAACGAGUCUUCGCUGGAAAAGUUUCAGGAAACGGUAGUAAUGACGCGCCGGUUGGCCAACUACUGCGGGUUAGAUCUGCUAGCGAAGAACUUCCGGCCUAACUUUCGCACCGCACUGACGCUGUUCGCAGGCUGCAGCUACCUGGCCACGGGGAUGUACAGUGCGUGGAAAUUUUAUCCGAAUGUGUAUGAAUCAUUGCAAUCGUUGGCUCCCGUCGGCAUAGCCGUGCAGGGUUUGAUGAAAAUGUACUACGCCAUUGCAUCUCGAAGCUUCUUCUACGAGCGGUACGAAUACCUGAAGGAAUUCCAUCGUUCCUAUAGGGAGUUGCCGCUGCAAAACGGUACCCUUGUGAGUUUGAUGCGGAAAAUGCAACUCGCAAUCAAAUUACUGAUUCUGGGCUAUGCGAUUGCCAUAGCGGGAUUUGGACUUUAUCCGCUGUAUUUCUAUCUUAUGUACGGAGAGAAGACAUUAGCAUUGAACGUUAUAAUACCGGGCGUGAAUAUCCGAACUCACUGGGGUUAUGCAUGUACAUUGGCUUAUCAGUUGUUUUUGCUUGCUGUUGCAAUAACGGGAAUAUCCGCCUAUGAUACGGCAAUGAUGAUUUAUAUUUGCAACUUGGCUGGAUUAGUUGACGUGUACAAGAACAAACUGAAAGAAUUGGAUGAGCUUUUACUAGCACCUAAAAGGAACGGUAGUCAGAUUGCUGAAAAAGUACGGGAAAUCGUUGUAAACCACAAUGAAAUUUUGAGAUACGAAUCGGAGCUGGAUAAAAGAUACAUCGUUAUUAAUUUCGUACAAGUGGCCACUUCCGUAUCUUGCCUUACCUUGUCGCUAUUUCUCUGCUAUAUGACCAACUUUCUGCCGGGAUAUGCUUUUAUAAUUGGGGCAGUUUUCCAACUGUUGGAAUUUUGUUUGCUCGGCACCAUUUUUAGUGUGAAAAAUGACGAAAUUAUUAUCGCCAUUUACAACACCCGCUGGUAUCUUUUGGACCGGGCUGAUCUUAAAAUGCUGUUGUUUAUGUUUCACCGUAGCCAAAAUUCGGUAAAUUUAACGAUCGGUGGUUUUGCGCCACUGAACAUUGAAAUAUUUGUCGAGAUAAUGAAAACCAUUUACCAAUACUUUGCAAUGUUAAUCAAUUUUAUGGAACCUUAA